CUUCAUUAGGUAUUUUCUUUCUUGGUGUGGUUAUCGUUCAUCGCGCAUCUGUUUUAUUGUGUUUUCAGUUAAGAUAUAGAUUUUUCUAUAUAACUACCCAUCGCUUCAUUCAUACUUAUUUAGUACUCAUCCACAGUUUUUUUACUAUUCAAACAUGUCGGGAUCAUUUACGUGUAUCACUUGCCAAGUGCUUUUUAAAAAUCCAGAGCUACAGCGUGAGCACUACAAGUCAGAUUGGCACAGAUAUAAUCUGAAGAGGAAGGUGGCCAGUAUACCUCCAAUUACUUUGGAGGAUUUUGAGCUACGCGUCCAGGAGCACAGAGAAUCUGCUCAGGAAGUGAACCGCGACGUUUCCGAAUAUUGCAAGUAUUGCUCAAAGUUGUUCAACACCAAGAACGCCUACAACAACCACUUGAACAGCAAGAAACACAAACAGGCCGAGGAACAAUACCUUCUAGAUUCAGAAAACAGCAACAAUUCCGAUACUGAUAGUUUCGUUAAGGUGGAAGCACAAAAAGCUGCUGCUGCUGAACCUGGAAAAUUUGUUGUUCUAAACCCUGAUGCAUCUGGCGACGAUGUCGAAACUGACUCGGAAAUUGAGGAGCUGGACUCAGACGAGUGGGAUGAGUGCCGCAUGAAGGGCAGUGACUCGCUGAUCAAGCCCAGCGACUGCCUAUUCUGCGGCCACCACAGCAAGUCCCUCGUCAAGAACCUCAAGCACAUGUCCGAGACGCAUUCCUUCUUCAUACCCGACAUUGAGUACUGUGUUGAUGUCAGAGGACUGUUCCUGUACUUAGGAGAGAAGAUCUCGCAAGGCUACAUGUGUCUAUGGUGCAAUGAGACAGGACGUACAUUCUACUCCAUGGAGGCGGCGCGCGCUCACAUGGUCAGCAAGGGACACUGCAAGAUGCUACACGAAGGCCUGGCCUUAGCUGAAUACGCAGAGUAUUAUGAUUACAGCGCAUCAUACCCUGACCACAAAGGAGAAGAUGACAUGGAUGUAGACGAGGAAGUAGAAGGACCUGCUGCGCUGGACGGAGAUGACUUCCAACUGGUGCUUCCAUCUGGUGUUACUGUUGGACACCGAUCACUUAUGAAAUACUACAAGCAGCACGUGUCGGGCGGCGGGCAGGUGGUGCUGAAGAAGUCGGAGCGGCGCCUGCACCGCGUGCUCGGCGUGUACCGCGCGCUCGGCUGGGCGCCGCGGGAGCAGGAGCUCGCCGCCAAAAAAGCCCGCGACAUCCACUUCAUGAAGCGGGUGCAGGCCAAGUGGCAGAUGAAGCUGUCCGUGCGAGCCAACAAGUUCCAGAAGCAUUACCGAGCUCAAGUCAACUUCUAGAAUGUUCUAGCACCGAUUUAUUAUCUUACGUUAAGACUUGUUAUACCUCGUCACAUAUUGUGUUAUAUCAUCGUCUGUUUACACAAGUAAAUAGGCGUGAAAUUGUAAAAAAAAUAGAAAAAUUGUUGUCUCCCGAGAUGUAUUUUAAUUAUGUUUUGACGGUUCUUUAGAUUUUUUGCCUUCAUGGCUUCUGCUUGCUGUGAUGUGGUAGUGAGUGCAAUGUAAAAAAACAUCUAUCCCUAUACGAAUAACAAUAUUAUUAUGAUUAUUAACUGAGAAUAAAAUGAAAUAAAAGAAGCGUAUUGAUCAUCAAAAUAUAUUUUGCCUUCUUCAUUUUAAAUUUGUUCUCAUUACAUUUAGGUCGUAUCUAUAUUCAAUUGUAUAAAAUAGAUAUAUUCAAUAAUAAAUAAUAGUACCUGAUGCAGUUUUUAACAAAACAAGAAGGGUUUAUGUUUUAGUUAAAUAUACUAAUGAAGGGCCAAUCAUGUUAUUCUAUGCUAAAACCGAGUUUCACAUACCUACCUGUUCCAAAUGAGCAACAUAUUGCUAUGUUAAUAUUUUCAUCCCUCAGCGUUCAUGAAUAAAUCAUCGAUAUGACGAUAUUUAAAUACUUAAUUGUAAUUAAGAAUGGGUAGAUGUUUGCACAAAGUGUGGUUGUGAUGUGAAUGUAUGUAUUUGGUAGUGGACCGCGGACCUAAUGGUGGCCAUAUACCAUAUUGGACAUUAGGUAUGAACUGUGUGUAGUCGUAUCAAAAAUGAUUUUUACCUAAAGUCUAAUAUCUAAUAUGCAGUAUGGCAUCUGUUCAUCUAAAGUUGGACUGUAAAUGAAGUGAUCGGCAAUAAAAUCAACAUCCUA